GUAACCCGAGGUACCACUGUAAACAUAAUGCCCAUGGCAACAAUUCCCUUCUAAAGGUUCCUUGGGCAAGACAGGUGGGAAAACCAUUGCCUGAAGGCCAGCUGAGUCUGCCUCCCCUCACAUAGGAAGCUGGCCCUGCUGGAACCUGGCUGCCAAAAAAGGGAUCCAUGGCACCACCACUUCCACCUGGGUCCCUAGGUGACUAUACCCAUGAUCUAUCCUUCUUUUAAAAAGUGUUGUGAUGUUUGACUGUGUUCUGUCUUGGUAUUCUACACAGACACAUUUGAAAUGGCUGUAGACAUGCCAACAUUUAUGCUUUACUCAUUUCUGUCUUAUUUUCAGAAGUUCUUCUCUUACAAUGGGGUGGAUCCUUUUUGCCAGCAGUGACCCUUGCAAGACAAUUACUUAAGUUGCUUGGGGAGGGGAAUUCUUAGCAGACAAAUGCAGACAGUGGAAAGCCUAAGCAACCUCUUUCCACUGGUCUUUAACUCCCCAAUCACAGCCUUCCAAGACUGCUUUAAAUUAAACAAACGAACACUGAGGUCUGAGGAAAAAAGACCCUGAACUCUGUCACAUCUGGUUUAGCCCUUCAAAGACUGGUGUGUGUGUGUGUAUAAGGAAUGGAAAUUGACUGGCGAGGCAUGGGUAAAUAAAGUUAGCCUCUGCUGCUGUGACAUUGAUUCAGAUUUUGGCAGGAUAGGUAGAUUUAGUUCAAAGAGAAAUCAGAGAAUAGGCAAGAAUUGUUUCAAUAUACAUUCCAGGAACAAAAAGAGGCUAUGCAUUUGACCCUAGGCAGUUGCCAUUUCAGGAUGGCUAUUUUUACAGCUAAGAUGGCUAUAAAAAUUUCAUACACUAUUUUUCAAUGUCACACCCACCCCCCUCUUUUUCCUGCCCAUUUGAAAGGUUUGGAACAGGAGCACCUGUGCUUGCAUUAUUUUCUUUGUGAUAUAUAUUCUUGUUUUCCUUCAUCAGAUUCACCAUAUAAGCGGCAAACUAAAAAGGAUGAAGCUCAAGGAAUACAACAUAUGUUUUCCAUUUCCCAUGCAAAACUAUUUCUCCAUCUGAUUUAUUACCCACCUGAACAAAAUUAUGUUUUUAUUUCAUGCUUAUUUCAAUUUCCUCAGCAUCUCCCAUGUCUGGGGUGGGUAUGGGACAAGGAAUGUAAACUGCCAAUGAUGUUGGACAAAGAAAUCAGCUUUGAAAUACAAAUUUGCAGCAAAUCCAGGUUCUCUCCAUGCAUACAAAUGAAAAAUGCUGCUGCAAUAAUUUUUAAACUAGCAAAUGCAAGGUAA